CCAGAUCGCCAGGACUGUCACCGAUGACGCUCAUGUUAGAUCUUUCGUCGUGAUUGGAACUGGGUCCCCCUCUUCACGAUGACGUUGAUUCGCUGGCUCGCUGGUUCGCUGGGAUCUCUCCCAGGGAAAUUGCUUGCAUUCACUAAAAGUAGAAGCAUCACAUUCACCUGGAUUGCGUAGCCUUUUCAUGCCCGGGUUUGAUUAACGACGUCAUGGAGCAAGUUGUAUACCACCAGAAAGCUAUAUAAAGCCUUCUUUGCACCCCUCUCAACCUCGCUUCAUCAUCAACCAUCCUCAUCUGAAUCCACUACAGCUCAAUUCUUCAAACCAACUAUCUUUCUCUACCUCUUCAAACUUCCAACCGAACUACCAUCAUCAUGUCUGACGCCGGCCGCAAGGAUUUCACCACCAAGGCUAAGGAGGAGAUCACUCCCGACUCCGCCAAGUCCACCCAGGACAAGGUUAAGGAGACCUUCACCGACACCACCGACCGUGUUGCCCGCGGCUUGCAGUCCGACGACAGCAAGUCCGCUCCCCAGGAGGCCUUUGACAAGACCCAGCGCUCCCACGAUGAGGCCGCCCACGGCGGUGCCUCCGGCUCGAUUGGCGACAAGAUCAAGAACGCCGUCGGUCUCGGUGGUAACUAAGCCAGCCACAUAUACCCUUAAAGAGUCACGCCUAACAACACUUUCGGUUCUGUGAUGUCUUGUGCAUGGGAAUUGUGGAAGAUGGAUUGGCGGCUCACGGAACAUUUUCUAUUAUGAUAUCAUGAUUUCGACGAUACCAUAUCUUGAUAGUAUCACUUCACUAGGCUCAAUGCUAGUCUUGUAAUAUUUCAAACAAACAUCCUACUUUCC